AUGUGCAGCAAAGAACUGCGAGCUGCGGUGUAUGCGGAGCUGUGCGUUUUGUUUCCUGCUGCUGCUGCUGUCGAUCCUGCUGCAGUAGUUGUGCUGCUGCAGCAAGCGGUGCUGCAGCAGAAGCAGGAGGCAACAGAAAAGCAGCAAGAUGAGCAGCAGCAGCAGAAGCAGCAGCAGCAGCAGCAGCAGCAGCAGCAGAAGCAGCAGAAAGCAGCUGAUUUACCUUGUCUAAAAGGCUUUGAGGCGGCAGUUCCAGCAGCAGCAGCAGCAGCAGCAGCAGCAGCAGAUCAGGAUGACGAAUGGGAUCAGCCAACGUCUGCUGCUGCUGCUGCUUCUGCUGCUGCUGCUGCUGUGUCUCUGCACCGCAUGACGGGAUUGUUACUGCAGCAGCAGCAGCAGCAGCUUGCUGCUGCUGGAACUGCUGCUGAUAUCCCUAAGCAGCUGCAGCAGCAGCAACAGCAGAAACGCCAACAGCGACAGCAGCGGCAGCAGCAACAGAGGCAACAGCAGCAACAGCAGCAGCACCAGCAGCAGCAGGAGCAACAGCACCCAGCGACGCUAUUCUCUGUGUGCUCUUCGGCCGUAGAGUUUGCUGCCGGUGCUGCUGCUGCUGCUGUUGCUGCUGCUGCAGCAGGAGAUGCAGCAGCAGCUCCUUCAGCAGCCGUGCUGCAGCAGCUGCAGCAGCUGCAGCAGCCGCAGCAGCUGCAGCAGCUGCAGCAGCUGCAGCAGCUGCGCGUACACUGCAGCUGCGUGUACAGCGCAUGCGCAGCAGCAAAUAUGGCAGCAGCGCGGCUGCAGCACCUGCUGCCAGCAGCAGCAACAACAGCAGCAGCAGCACAAGUAGCAGCAGCAGCAGCAAACCGCUUGCUGCUGCUACCAGAACAAAACCCUGAAGCAUGCAGCAGCGUGGCGACAUGCUUAGCAGCAGAGCAAGAGGCACGUAGGGUUGCUGCUGCUGCUGCUGCUGCUGCUGCUGCUGCUGACGCUGAGGAGGACGAAGACGACGGAGCAGCAGUGCAGCUGGUACGGCCCUCCCCUGCUGUUCUAGAAAAGGAGAAGCAGCAGCAGCAGCAGCAGCAGCAGCAGCAGCAAAAGCAACAACAGCCCGACGGAGCGGAGCAGCAGCAGCAGGGGAACAUGCAGCAGCAGCAGCAGCAGAAAAAGCAGCAGCUACAGACGGAUUUCCUGUCGUUGCUGCUGCAGUCAUCAGCAACGUCGCGGCGUCGCAGCACAUGA